AUUACACACUAUAACACACUUUGUCAAAAGAUUAGUCAGUUUGUGGAGAAACUGCAAGGGAAUGGAGUAGAUUUGAGAAAAUAUCGUAACAGAGGCUUUGCUCAAAGAGAGAUUUUGCUCAAGCCGAACGGAACGGGGUCUUUCCGUCAGUCCAUUACCUAAGGACCGCUGCCCGUGACGCCAGGUCUGACAUCUCCGUGCCAAGAGGGGGAAAGGCGGCGGUAUUAAUGCUGGGGCUGAAGCGCAGCGCUGUCAGUGCGGGGAGGGAGCCGAGGCGGGCAGGCGCUACGGGCGGACAGGAGAGAGCAUGGCGGCGGGGGGGCAGCUCUGCACGGCACGGCGGCCGAUACCCGCGAAACGGCGACUGUCCUGGGGAAUAAGACCAACCAUAUGAGUGGUUCCUGAUAAAUGAAAUGACAUUUCGUCUUAUUUUUUGACUCGAACUAAGUUUGAUUAUCUAUGGCGAUCUUAUUACGCCGAGAACAUUUUUAAAAUAUCGCGAUGGGAAACUUCUGUGCGCGAAAUCUUUUAUUUUAAUUAGAUGUGGUCUACAACAUCAUACCUUAAAGGUAGGACUAAAAACUUUUUCCAGAAUACUACUAAGAAAUAUUUAUCUUUUAAUGGUCAUAAUUGAUGGUCAAUUAACUUAACCGUUUAGUAACAUUAACUGGUGGGUUAAUUUUUAAACCCUAAUUUUACACUUUCCAAUUGUUCUUUAGCCAAAUGCAUCGCUGUAAAUAUUAAUAAGCUUUUGCUAAAUAAGAAAACGUAAUAAUCCGCUUCUCUUCUCCAGCCGGUCAAAAUGACAUUUUAGACUUUUAAAACACCCAAAACUGUAUUUCUCUGCCCUAAGUACGUAUUUUAAUUGAUCAUACAGCACAACGAUAAGUCGUGGUUCUUUUCAUAUAGAAUUUAAAAUACGAAUUGCCUUUUUGAAUUGUUUGGCCGUGCAAUAUGGCAAAACAUGUAAACAAAGUGCCUUGGAUCCGUUAAAUGUUAUGCAUCUUCGUUUUGAUUCGAUUAUGAAAUAAAGCACUAAUAAUUACGAACAAUAAGAAACCUUGAGGACGAAAGUCAUAUGUCCAUCAUCUGCUGGUGAGAAAGGGCUUGAUUGAGGACACAGCGUUUCUCCAACAGGCAGAACAAGAAACGCUUUUAAUGCUGCUGUUUCUGGCUCCUUUGGUUUAAAAUUAUUUCUGUUAGACGGGAAAGAUACUUUUCUUUUUGCUGUGACCUCUCAGAACCUCCACCGACCGGCUUCAUGAUGGAUUUGUCUCUGGAUGGUGCAUGCAAAUCAGUUUGGCUCGGUCUGGCCGGCAGUAACCUCAGUACCAGCAGAGGGACGGGCGGCUCUGGUCUGGCAUGCAACCACAGCAUCCUGAAGCAUCCAUACUCUGUGGAGGCCACUGCAGCCUUCGCUACCGCUAUCACCACCAUGAUGCUCUUCACUAUCUUCGGCAACAUUUUGGUCAUCAUUGCCGUGCUGACCAGCCGUUCCCUCCGCGGGCCACAGAACCUGUUCCUGGUGUCGCUGGCUGCCGCUGACAUCCUGGUGGCCACCCUGAUCAUCCCCUUCUCCUUAGCCAACGAGCUGAUGGGCUACUGGUAUUUCCACUCGGCGUGGUGCGAGAUCUACCUGGCGCUAGACGUGUUUUUCUGUACCUCGUCCAUCGUGCACCUGUGCGCCAUCAGCCUGGACCGUUACCUGUCGGUGUCACGGGCCAUCAAGUACAACGCCCAGCGCACCCCCGGGCGCAUCAAGGCGGCCAUCCUGGUGGUGUGGCUCAUUUCGGCUGUCAUCUCCUUCCCCCCCUUACUCUCCAUGAAUAAAAGGCAGGAGAGCCAGCAAGGCCCGCAGUGUCAGCUCAAUAACGAGCGUUGGUACAUCCUCUACUCCACCGUCGGCUCCUUCUUCGCACCCUGCCUCAUCAUGAUCCUGGUCUAUGUGCGCAUCUACCAGAUUGCCAAGCAACACACGCGCUGUCCGCCGGGGGAGCCCAGGAAGGAGGGUGUCACUCAUGCCUUGGAGAUCAAGCCUGAGGCGCAGCAGAAUGGCAGCGGCGAUGCCGGUGGUUUGGAAAUCGCUCAAAAAAGGAGCCUGCAGAGGCCCCCUGACCUUGCCGUCCCGGCGUUGGCCAACGCGGCACAGGCCGAGCAGUCUGCCAACUCCCGCGGCAAACGCCCGCUCCCCUCGCCAACACCAACUCCCAGUCCAGUGACGCCCUCUCCGAUCGUCGGCCCCAAACCCUCUCCAUCCAUCGCCGCCACCCCGGUCAGGCUGCCAGAGGACAUCUUUAGACGUCAGGAGAGGAAGGGCACUAUGAGGCGAAGUGCUGACAACAGCAACCGUGACAGCUCCAGCUCGGGCUCCGACGUGGAGAGGGGGACUAUCGGGCCCCGAGGUGACGGGUCCUCCAGCUUGGCAGGGUCUCCAGGUGGCGGGCUUCUCACCCCAAGCUCAGCACGGCGCUGUAGAGACACUGUGGCCACAUCGGAGGGAACGGUGUUGGCUGAGAGAAAGGCCAGGCUGGAGAGCACGCCCAACGCUGCCCGGCGAAAAGCCCUCGUCAACCGCGAGAAGCGGCUCACCUUCGUGCUGGCCGUGGUCAUCGGGGUCUUUGUGGUCUGCUGGUUCCCCUUCUUCUUCUCCUACAGCCUGCAGGCCAUCUGCCCAGAGUCCUGUAGCCUCCCGCAGCCGCUCUUUAAGUUCUUCUUCUGGAUCGGCUACUGCAACAGCUCCCUCAACCCCCUGAUCUACACCAUCUUCAACAAGGACUUCCGCAAGGCCUUCAAGAAGAUUCUCUACCGAAGAAGAAAGGACACGCUCUUCUAGAAGGUCGCUCUGCCUUUGAGAGGAGGCUGAGCUGCUUCGGGGGUGUCUGGAGUGCUGAGGUGGUGUGUGAUUUCUUGAAUGCGUGGGGAUGUUUGUCGGACAUUAGUCUCCUGUAAAAAAGACUUGAUGACCUUCUAAAUAAGCUGAUUUGAGAGAAGAAGGAAAAAAAAACAUUUUUGAAAAUUGCUUGACAGAAUUUAUGUAUUUUGUUGUGGAACCUAAACAAACAUUUGUGUAUCUGUAAAUAUCUUUCUAUUAUAUAUUUAGCUGAACAUAAAGAAUUCACAGGACUAUUGUAAAUUUGAAGAAAGAUUAACCAUAUCAAAGUUAUGGUUUUAAAACAGGUUUUUAAGGUAUUCAGUUAAAAAUGCACAACAUUUUAAAAGGGGCCUCUAACUAAAAAAUAAUAAUUUUGACAGAUUCAAAUUGCCAUCGCAUCUAAACCCCGGCACAAGAAAGUUUAGAAAGAUGAAAAUGUAGUUCAGACAUGAGUGUGGUAAAGCAGGAACUGAAUGAUGCACUUUUGGGGGGGAAUGUGUUUUUAAAGGUUUUUUAAUGUAUGUAUUUUUUGCCCUUGUAUUCCCCUCACCUCCCCCCCCCCCUUCCCCAACAUUGCUUUUAAAUAACUGAAUGUUGUAUUAUUAAUAUCACAAGCUGGCCAAUACAUUUGCCGCUGUCUUUUACUUUGACUCUAUAAGGCAUUAAACCAAGGGCUGCUCGUUCCAUUGUAGCUGAAGAAAGUCAUACAGUAAUUGUGGACCUAACCAUUCUCUCCCCGCUACGAGCAAACAAGUACGGAUUCGCUAAAAUAUCAUCUAAACAAAAAUCAGAAGCUGGAUUCUGUGUGGAAUUGUCUGUGUGCGGAAAAGCUUUUUGGCAUUGCGACCGCCCGUGUAUAAUUGUUAUGCUUCUCGCACGCAGCAGCCCAGCCCGGAUUUGGAAUUAAAAAAAGGCCUGUUUGCGUGUGUCCAUUUGAGCAGCGAUGGGGACACAGGCGUGACUCCUGACCAAAACUCAGUCCCUGUGUCAGUCUUUGGUUGGCAGUGAGGGUUCCGGUGACCCGUGAUGGUUACACUCAUCUGCAGCGCAGCGUGGACGUCUUGCGGGGGAAUUACAUAACAUGCAGUCAUUAAUGCUGGUGGGAUACUCAGCGUGUCCAAGAAUACCCCCCCCACUCCGGAAAAUGUUUAUAAUGAGCAUACGUCUUAUUACAUUUCCUCUCUUCACCUCCUUAUUUUGUUAUUUUCAUCAGCUUGUUUGCUUGUGAUCACCGUUAUUCUCUGGCUAAUGAAUUGAUGGUAAUUAAGCUGGAAAACAGUAUUUUGUUUAUAUGGAAAAAAAUAUAUAAAAUACCUUAAAUUGUGUAUGGGAGGUGUGGCCGGUGCAGUCAGCGCUGGGGAAAUUGUGUUACUGCUGUUUCGUUUUUUUUUUUGUUGUUUUUUUAAACAUUGUGCAAUACUGCCGGCUCUUUCAGAUUGUACUGUUGGUGAUUUAUAUUCCACUGCGCACGAAUAAAGACAAUUAAAGAAACGCAACUUAAAAUUUUGCUCUCAUUUGCGAUAUGAGACGGCUCCGAGUGGGAACUCGGCGGCCGGGGUCGUUAGCACCAGGGACAGAGCUGCAUGGCUAAGAUCUCAAAAGGGAAUAGCUGUUCCUGAACUGACAUGCGCUGCUUUUUUCUUUCCUCCCAAUGCUUACGUGCCUGCAAGCAUUAUCACUGGAUCCAUCCAUUUCCGGGCCAAAAGUUGCCCCUCUUUCCCGACAGU